AGAUCGAGGCUAUGUGCGAAGAAAAUUUUUGUUGAACUGUCGAAUGGGGCAGAGAAGUAGAAAGUAAUUCAGAGGAACAGAAAUGCUUCGAGAAUUUGGUGAAUGUAUUAGAUUGACAAUGAGUAGUUCCUAUUGAGAUAUUAUUGAUGACGCAAAGGAUCAUUUUUGUCUCUAUUGUCACGAUUGGUACGAGAAAGCCUAAUCAGCGUAAUGUCUGAGGUGUUAGGCCCAGUUGCAGCCAUUGUUUUGGCAUUGCUUGCUGUUGGAUACUUCGCACAAAGUAGGCUACCACCACCAAAGCCUGUAAUAAUUGGAAUUGACCUUGGGACAACUUUUUCUUGUGUUGGUGUUUAUCACGCAAUUAGUGGAAACGUUAGUGUCUUAGAAGACGUAAGUGGGAAUAAACUUGUUCCUAGUGCUGUCUACCUUGGAAAACAGCCACCGUUAAUUGGGUAUCCUGCUUUGGAACUGCGGGAAUUGUACCCAAAUCUAGUGGUAUAUGAUGCCAAAAGAUUCAUUGGUAAAAGGAACAUAAGAGAAAGUUCCAUUCAAAGACAACAAAAACUUUACCCAUUUAAAAUAAAACUAGACGAUGAAGGAAAGGCAGUAUUUGCCCUUGUGGUAAAAGACAACGUCAGCUAUUAUCAGCCUGAAGAUAUAGGGGCCUUUAUAUUAAGUAAAUUAAAAAGGACUGCUGAAAAAUUAAUUGAGAGAAAAAUAAGCAUGGCAGUAAUUAGUGUCCCAGCAGAGUUUAAUUCCUUACAAAGAAACGCAACUGUUGAAGCUGGAAGGAGGGCUGGCUUGAAAGUAAUGAGAGUUAUUAAUGAGCCUACUGCCGCAGCUUUAGCCUAUGGCCUGCAUAAGAAGAAGGGGAUCUCAUAUGUCUUGGUUGUUGAUUUUGGUGGUGGCACUUUUGAUGUUUCUUUGUUGAAUAUCCAAGGUGGAAUGUUCUACACUAUGGCAAUGGCUGGCAACAACAGGUUGGGAGGACAGGACAUUAAUCAGAAUCUCGUGGAUUACCUUGUUAAUGUUGUUACAAAAGAGAUAGGGCUUGAAAAAUUAGAAGGACUACAUCUGCAGCAAGUUAGAACUGAAGUUGAAAACGUAAAAAUAAAUCUUUCUAAUUCAGAUUGGGUUGACAUAAAUAUGAAUUUUAAGUCCUUAGCCAAAGAUGGGACAGACUACAAUUUUAGCCAUAGAGUAACCAGAUAUAUAUUUGAGCAGAUAAAUCAAGACGUUUUCAAGAAAAUUUUAAUACCUAUCAAAAGAGUGCUGAAGGAGGUUGAAAUGAAUGAAGAUGAAAUAGAUGAAAUUGUUCUUGUUGGUGGCUCCACAAGAAUCCCUAAAGUGAGGCAGAUCAUCCAUAACUUUUUUAGAAAGAAGCCAAAUAUUGCAGUGGACCCAGAGUUAGCUGUUGUCAGUGGAGUGGCUAUUCAAGCUGGAAUACUUGGUGGCAUGUGGCCUUUGAGGGUUGCUGUUGUUGAGCUGCCUACAAGUAAUAUUCAGAAAAUUGAAGUUGGUGAAGAACUAUAAAAAAAACCAAUGAUAUUAAUUUUUUGCUUGUUAUAGAUAAUAUUAUGUGGUGAACCAUUCUCAUUAGAAUUCUGUAAAUAUGCAUUUUCACAUCCUUUUAUUGUUCACACAUAACUACCAUUUUUUAAAUGUAUUUUAAAUACUCUUUGUUGUUUCUAAUUGCACUGCACAUUAACUCAUAUCCAUGGAAACAAUUUAGUUUAAGUUAGUUGUGAUUUUCAGUUAGUUAGGAUCAAGGAAUGAAAUUGAGAUGGAGAA